AACUGAUCCUCAACAGGCGAAGAAGACUCUAUUUGCUAAACCCAAAGAUGAAGGUCAUCUUCUGUGCUGUGCUGGCUGCGAUGGCGCCCCUAGUGCUAUGCUACGAUGAAAUCUACGAUAAAAUCGAUGUCGAUAAGAUCAUAAACGAUGACGCCCUCUUCACUAGCUACCUUAACUGCUUGCUGGACAAAGGGCCCUGUGAUCAGGAGCAUUCUCCUGAGUUUAGAAAACUGUUACCUGAAGUGAUAGCCACAGCAUGCGCCAAGUGCACUCCAAUCCAAAGGCAGCACGUCCGGAAGACCGUCAAAGCAAUCACAGAUAAGAAGCCUGAACAAUUCAAGGAGUUCAUAUCUAAGUACGACCCCGACCACACCCAUGAAAAGACUUUCACUGCCUUCGUUCUCGCUACCGAUUAAAUGUAUAAAAGUUUCGACGAUACCAGUAUUACCAAUUUAAUUAUGGGUACGAGAACCCGUAGACUACUGAAUUGGUAAUACGAAUCAAGGAAUAAAUUCUUCUAAGUGAUUUAAAACAGACAGAGUAAGUUGGAUAAAUGUCGCUGCUGCGUCGCCAGAUCCUUUUUCUUGGCUUGAACUUGACUUGGUUAAGUAGGUACUGUAUUUUUUAGUAAAGUUUGUUUUGACUAUUAUAGCUUAGGUCAAAGAUUAUGCAAUGUGCUUAAACUAAGCUUGUCAGGUGGCCUACGGAGUCUUGUCUCUUUUCUCAUCAAAUAAAUGACACCCAACAGUAGAUUCUAAAUCACUUUAAAGAUUUAUUCCUGAACUUGUUCCUGAAAUGAAACACCUGUUACUUUACUUCGGUCAAUUCCAACGAUGGCGUCUGCAAGAGAUUGUUCAUUUUUAAAAGGCUUAUAAAAUGUAAAUCCAGUUGGCUGAGACUGGACCAAAGUGUAGUUACAAACCGACCAUUGGCUAAUCAUAAUAGGACCGAUUAAGCAUUAUGUGGAGCAUUACAUUUUAUCAAUAUAGACUGUGCAAUAUCA